GGAGAUGAAUAUAUACUUACGUUCCCGAGGGCUCCGCAGAAACCCGGCCUAUCAUAAGAUAUAUUCUGGUGUUAACUGAAAACAUGAUAUAUGAUUUAGCUGGAAAGUAGAUUACUUUUCUGUUUGUCACCCAGUCGCAGCUUGUUCGUUUCUUCGUCUACUUACUAAAGACAUCUAAGCAGCACAAGAAGAACAACACAGAAGCAUCUACCUCUACUGCGUAUAAGCAUGGCAUCCACAGAGACGCGGAAACCAAUCGGCAUCGCCGUAAUCGGGUUCGCCGGCAUCAUUGGGCGCCGACACACCGCGCACGUUAUCUCAAAUCCGUCCGCAGCCCUGCUAGCCGUCGUCGACGGCGCGCCGGGCGCAUCUGACUUGGCCGCCCAGCUAGCGCCCGGCGUGCCUUUCUUCCAAACCGUGACGGAAAUGCUCUCAACCACAGUUCCAGACGCUGCAAUCGUGUGCACCCCCAACGCACACCAUGUCACAGUGGGUCUAGAGCUGGCCGAUGCCGGCGUACAUCUACUCGUGGAGAAACCACUCGCCGAGGCCAAGGCCUCGGCGCGCACACUCGUUGAUCGCGUGCGACAGAAAGGCGUCAAGUUACUCGUGGGUCAUCACCGGCGCUUCAACCCAUACGUAGUCGCCGCGCGGAAGGUACUUAAGACAUCAGACGAGAAACCGGGGGCACCAGGCGUGGGGUUAGUCACGGCGGUUUCCGGCUUGUGGACGACAUACAAGCCUGAUGGUUAUUAUGCCGCCGCGCCCUGGCGGCGCAGCAGGCAGUUGGGUGGCGGGCCCGUCAUGAUUAAUUUUGCGCACGAAGUUGAUACCCUGCAGCAUCUGCUCGGGCCUAUCACGCGCGUGAGCGCGGAGAAGAUGCGGAGAAGGUACACCUCUGAGGAGGGCGAUGCGAACGCAGUAGAGGACGGGGCAGCAUUGACGUUGCGCUUCGAGUCGGGCGCCGUGGGAAGUUUUAUUCUAUCCGACGGCGUCGUUUCGCCGCACAACUUCGAGGCAGGCACGGGUGAGAACCCGCUGUUGCCUCGCGCGAGGCGGCCACGCCAUGGUCAUCUUGACGACAUCGAUGAAAUCGAAUCCGAGCCUGUCGAUGUUUAUAGGAUAUUCGGUGCCAAUGGCACGCUGAGUGUCCCAGAUAUGACUCUCUGGACAUGCGGAGAUAAGCCCCGGAGCUGGGAGAAUGAGUUGCAAGUCCAACGUAUAGAAUUGGACGAUGACCCUCGUGUUCCCUUUGAGCGCCAGCUCGAUCACUUUAUUGCUGUUGUUAGAGGAGACAUACCCAUCAAGGGCGGACCAGGAUGUACGGGGGAAGAGGGUCUCGGAGUCAUUGCUGUAUGUGAGGCUGUCAUAGAGGCGUUGGAUGAUAGCGAAGGGGGGAGAGUAACUGUCAAGGUAUUAUAACAAUAUCUGUUCAUGUUUUCUAAUAUUGAGAAAUAAAGUACACGUGAUAUGGACUGUGCUGCCAAUUCAUUGCAGCAUGCGGAGGUCAGAGUCUCAAACGACUAAGUGUCCUCUUAGCAACUGGCCUACUGGUCUCUCAUCCAAUUUCUACGUUAAUUUGAAUAAGUCACUAAUUAUGUAUUCCACCUAUUCAUUCGAAUAGCUAGCAGAUACGCGUAAUCUGAGCCCUAGAUGCGCUCUGCCAUCCCUUAUAUGCCAAAGAGGGACAAACUUUAAAAAAGCCUCUAUACUCUAAGCUUAAUAAGCUAGAGGCAGACAUUAUAUAAUGACUAAUGGCCUCGAAUAGUUGUAGAGAACUCCUCUAUGAGUCCAUGGCCUCAUGCUCGGAAGAGGAGAGAGGAAGGGCUGCCAUUGAGGUUCAGUGAAAAAGAUGUGCCUAGGUCCUAUAAUAUGUCUUAUGCAUCCAAGGGGUUAUGUUGAUGCCAUUCGACUAGUAGAACCGUAAGCUACUAGAAUAUAAUGCUUUUCAUCACACUCUUAUCGCACAUACCCCUGACGAGCUUUGAAUGUCCUAUGUAUUCUGAUACAGAAGAAUAUGGCCAUCCGCAGAUCCUUAAGCAUCGGCGCUCAAGCUGU